AGCCCCGAGCCCGCAGCGCCCGGCCCCCAGCGAGCCCCGGCCCCGCACUCUCGAGCCCCGAGCCCGCAGCGCCCAGCCCGAGCGAGCCCCGCAUCCCGGCCAUGGCGGCGCCCCGCAGCGACAGCGAGAAGCGGAAGCAGAUCAGCGUGCGGGGCAUUGCGGGGCUGGGCGACGUGGCCGAGGUGCGGAAAAGCUUCAACCGGCACCUGCACUUCACGCUGGUCAAGGACCGCAACGUGGCCACCCCCCGCGACUACUUCUUCGCGCUGGCGCACGCGGUGCGGGACCACCUGGUGGGGCGCUGGAUCCGCACCCAGCAGUACUACUACGAGCGGGACCCCAAGCGUAUUUAUUACCUGUCUCUGGAAUUCUACAUGGGCCGCACCCUGCAGAAUACAAUGGUGAACCUGGGUAUGCAGAAUGUCUGUGAUGAAGCCAUUUACCAGCUGGGUCUGGACUUGGAGGAGCUGGAAGAAAUCGAAGAAGAUGCUGGCCUGGGUAACGGAGGGCUGGGUCGCCUGGCAGCUUGCUUCCUCGACUCCAUGGCGACGCUGGGGCUGGCAGCCUAUGGCUACGGGAUCCGAUACGAAUUUGGCAUAUUUAAUCAGAAGAUUCUCGAUGGCUGGCAGGUGGAGGAAGCCGAUGAUUGGCUGCGCUAUGGCAACCCCUGGGAAAAAGCCCGCCCUGAGUAUAUGCUUCCUGUGCAUUUCUACGGCCGAGUGGAGCACACUGCGGAGGGCGUGAAGUGGAUCGAUACUCAGGUAGUUCUUGCCAUGCCUUAUGAUACCCCCGUGCCAGGAUACAAGAACAACACCGUGAACACAAUGAGACUGUGGUCUGCCAAAGCACCCAAUGACUUCAACCUUCAGGAGUUUAAUGUGGGUGAUUAUAUCGAGGCUGUGUUGGAUCGAAACCUGGCAGAAAACAUCUCCCGAGUCCUGUAUCCGAAUGACAAUUUCUUCGAAGGGAAGGAGCUGCGGCUGAAGCAGGAAUACUUCGUGGUAGCUGCCACCCUGCAGGACAUCAUUCGCCGGUUCAAGUCUUCCAACUUCGGCUCCCGAGACCCAGUCAGGACAUGCUUUGAGACCUUCCCAGACAAGGUCGCCAUUCAGCUGAACGACACUCACCCAGCACUUUCCAUCCCGGAACUCAUGCGGAUCCUGGUGGACGUGGAGAAAAUGGAGUGGGAGAAGGCCUGGGAGGUCACCAAGCGGACCUGCGCCUACACCAACCACACCGUGCUGCCCGAGGCCCUGGAGCGCUGGCCAGUCACCAUGUUCGAGAAGCUGCUGCCGCGCCACCUGGAGAUCAUUUAUACCAUCAACCAAAGACAUCUGGAUCACGUGGCCGCCCUCUACCCUGGAGACCUAGACCGUCUGCGCAGGAUGUCCGUGAUCGAGGAAGGGGACUGCAAGAGGAUUAACAUGGCCCACCUCUGCGUGAUCGGCUCCCACGCCGUCAAUGGGGUGGCCAGGAUUCACUCCGAAAUCGUGAAGAAUUCCGUAUUCAAAGAUUUCUACGAGAUGGAACCAGAGAAAUUCCAGAACAAGACGAACGGCAUCACUCCGCGGCGCUGGCUCCUGCUGUGCAACCCAGGGCUCGCAGGUGUCAUUGCUGAGAAAAUCGGAGAAGAUUUUGUAACGGAUCUGAGCCAGCUGAAGAAGUUACUGGAUUUUGUCGAUGACGAGGUGUUUAUCCGGGAUGUGGCUAAAGUUAAACAGGAGAACAAGCUCAAGUUCUCGGCCUACUUGGAGGAGACGUACAAGGUGAAAAUCAACCCGUCCUCCAUGUUCGACGUGCACGUGAAGCGGAUUCACGAGUACAAGAGACAACUCCUCAACUGUCUGCACAUCAUCACCCUCUACAACCGCAUGAGAAAAGACCCAUCCAAGUCCUUUGUGCCAAGGACGGUGAUGAUUGGAGGAAAGGCAGCUCCCGGCUACUACAUGGCCAAAAUGAUUAUCAAACUGAUCACGUCCAUCGGGGACGUCAUCAAUAACGAUCCCUAUAUAGGAGAUCGACUCAAAGUCAUCUUCUUGGAGAACUACAGGGUGUCCUUUGCUGAGAAAGGUAAGACAGCAAAGGGGGUGGACUGCGUGGAUGCUGUGAGUUGGCAGUUAGCUCUUAAACUCCCACCCUUGCCGGCGGGAGGAAGCGUGAACAGAGACAGGUCCCCAGCUGCCCCAGCCCAACGUGAGGCUACGCCCCGCACGGAGCCGGCUACAGCGUGCACCUCUCUCCUGUGCAGGUACAAUGCUAGGGAAUACUAUGAGCGCAUUCCAGAGCUGAGACAAGCCAUCGACCAGCUCAGCAGCGGCUUCUUCUCGCCUAAAGACCCUGGCUGCUUCCGGGAUGUCGUCAAUAUGUUGAUGAACCACGACAGAUUUAAAGUGUUUGCUGACUACCAGGCCUACAUGGAGUGUCAGGGCCGCGUUGACCAGUUGUACAGGAAGCCAAGAGAGUGGACUAAGAAGGUCAUCAAGAACAUUGCUUCCUCAGGGAAGUUUUCCAGUGACAGGACGAUCACCGAGUAUGCCAGAGAAAUCUGGGGUGUGGAGCCAUCAGCUGUGAAGAUCCCCCCACCUAACAUCCCCAGGGAAUAAGCUGGGCACUAAAUGUGUGUCUGGUUGAUCCAGGCUUAAGGUGCUUCUGGUUUCCAGCUAGGUUUGCACAGAUGAACUUACACUAGUUGAGGGUCUGGAAUCUAUGAAAUAGGGCAUUCGCCAGGGAGAAGAGGGUGCUUUUAAUAAGAGCAGCGUGGGAGAUGUUGGCCAAAGCCUUGUGUGUGAAAACAAGUAAAACAAAAAGAGCAGCAGGAAACCGGGUUAGAACUAAGGCUAUUCUGUGUGUUACUCAUUUAACCAACUUGCAUGUCCUGUACUGUGUUGAGUGAGCUAAUGGCUGCAUAGGCUUCCUGAAGCUACAUCCCAUGCUAGGCCACGCACUUAGUGAAAUUCUCGUUUUCCUCUUCUGUAGAAAGGCUGCGCUAGUCUCCGUAGAGGGGGUGAUCGCUGAACAUCCUGCUCAGGUGAUCUGCCAGCGUGGUCUGAGCCUACCCACACCUCCCACCCUGCCAGUCACUGCUAGGGGCCUUCCCUGGGUUCUUACACCUUCCAGCCAUGGUCAGAGCUGGGACACAGGUUAGGUGAAGCAGGAGUGGAGCCAAAACACCUCAUUUUCCCUAUUAACGUUUUAUGGCUAAAGGUAAAUGACCCCACCCUCGCGAGGUGGCUAGUUUUGCUGCAUUGGUUGAAAUAGGAUUAAACUGCACUAGCCAGCCGGCCUGUUUUAAUGAUCACAAAAUGAGAUUUAUUUAUUUUUAAACUGCCAAGUAGAAAACGUGCAGAAGGAGCUCAGCCGAGGGCUUUUGGUGCACACCUGAGCCCUAACCUUAUGGUUGCGUCUGUACCUAGCAGUCCCGGGUGAGCUGGAGGACGGGGUGUGUGAGAUUCAUGCUGAAAAGGGGCAGCUAAUGGACUUCAACCAAGAUUGAAACCAGCCUCUUUCCUUACCAGGUGGGGCCAGGGAUUUUGGGAGUUCGCUGUAAAGACCGCACCUAAUUUGAAUUAAAAAGCAGCUGGCAGACAGCAAUUCAAUAUGGAGGCACCUCCUGGAGUGGUUAUAGGUCCCUGUCUAAGGCACCAUCUUGCUCCAAGUUGUGUUUAUAGAGCUGCUAUGAAGGCAUGAGAGAGUGUUUUAGCCUUCACCUAGCAUGGGCAAAAGCAGAAGCGCUGUACCUGCUGAGCAGGGCGAUGUACAGGACACUGCAAACCUGCGGAAAUGCUUCCUAAAGAAUUUUGGUUUAGUGAGGUCAAGCCCCCUGCAGCUGCCAGUUUGCAGCUGGGCCUGGCUUGCGCUUUGUAACGCAGACAAGGCCCAUGCUCUGAAGAAAUACUUGUAAGCACCAGCCUGUAAACGCUGUGCUUGUGUGAGAGCAGGGGGCUGGAUGGCUGCUGAGGGGGGUGGGCCAUGCGCAUGGCCUUGUGCACAGGGGGAAGAGGAGCCUGUCAGCUUAGCACUCCCCCUUUCCCCCCGCCCAAGCCAGCCUGAACCCAACACCCCUGUUUUUAUUGUUGGUACAGUUUUGUUGGCCCUGCAGUCAGGGACAAAGACUUACUGUCACUUUCCCUCUGGCAAAGGGUCCUGCAUUUACUGUGCUAGCCAAGGGCCCUCACUGGCCACACUGACCCAUUCCUGCACAGAACUGCUCCAUCCCCUUUUCUACCCCAGUCAGGCUAAGCUGUCUGUGUGACCUAGCCCCAGAAAGAGCCACUGCCUACCCUGUGGUAUUGGCUACUGACCAGACCACCGCCAUCAAGGAAAAAGGCCCAAAGCUAGACUAUCAGCUAGCAGGCAAGUCACUGCCCCCCAAGCCCUUCAGUCUGCUCACAGAGCUACAAGGCAGGGCCAGGACCAUGUAGCCCACAGCAGCCUGGCAGCCAACAACCCCCUGCUACAGGGACCGUGACAUCCCCAGUGCUCUCAGUGGCUGCCCCCAGUGUCUGAGAGGGGAAAAGGCCUGGAAAGGUACAGAGAGGAUCUAUAGCAAGGGGCCUCCACAGCCCAGGGCAGGACCCUGGAAGGGCCUGAGAAUUAACAUCCCAGGGCCCCAGAGAGCCUACCAGCCACAACUGGGCUCAGUCACUGCCCCUAUGGUGCUGGAACUUGAAGCUCCUAGUGUUGCAAGAGCCAGCUUCCGGCAUGGUCUCCCUCAGCCCAGCUCCCACAGAGCAAGCCCGUCAACACCGAGCGGUCUGAUACAAUGAUUGCAUUGUCCUCACCCAGCCUCCCACCUGUGCAUUUUCUUAGUCCUAAGAGUGGAGUCAGGAAAAGCACAGACAGUAGGAGCCUAAAUACAAGUGAGGAUCUGGGCCCAGGAGCCAACAGCCAAAUACAGAAUUGCUGGGAAAUAUCAUUGGCCACAGCACACUUGAAAUUAAGGCAUUGUGUCCUGGCUCACCCGCCUCUGCUGUGUACAUUGGUGUGUUAACUUACAUCAUGUCUUUACGCCCAUGAGCAACGAAAGGGACUAAGCCUGUCACGUCUCAGCUGGGAAGCAGAUACACUUCCUGUGUACAGAAAAGGUGUGCAUUGAAAUCAAGUACAGCCCUGUUAUUUCAAUGAUCAGAAAGACCAACCCUUAAGUCCACUUAAUGAUUUUUAACUGUAGUGUUGGUGCAGCCGUGUUAGACCUAGGAUUGUGGAGAGACAUGGUGGGUGAGGUAACAGCUUUUAAUAGAUCAACUUCUGGGGUGAGAGACAUGCGCUUUUGAGCUACACGGGCUGGAGAAGACCGGAAGAGCUCUGUAUAGCGUUAUCUCACUCACCUUGUGUCGCUAGAAUUUUUAAACGCUGUCAAAUUUCUUGAAUAUAUAACACUACUUCUGCUAAAGAAUGUACUGUACUUCAUCUGCAUGCAGUUGCUGCUCUGCGGCCAUUGUGUGUUGUGUUGAGCUAGCCUAGGAGGAAUACUUGCUGGAUUGUCACUGUGUUACUGACAUUUCAUAGUCUGUGUUCCAGGAACGGGGCUCUUUGAACUGUAACAAUAGAACAGAGCUGCUAUCUCGGCAAUCAACUCGUACUGAGCAGGAAAGUGGAAGGUUUUGAACUUCGAGCAUCCCAGUUGCUUCUGUAUCUGCCUCUAAUGGGACAUGGAAAUAGAUUUAGUGCAUUGUUUCAACAUGUUGGCAUGAAGUAUGGAUAUUAAUCUGUGUAGUGAAUCCGUGUUCCUCACCUGUGCAUUGGAAACUGAUUAAAACAAUCAGAAUGCC